AUGUGUUCAGAACACAACACCAAAUCAUCACAAAGCGCACCCGCCAUCCUGCAAGCCCAGUCUACCACCCUGGCCUGCGACUCGCCGCCUCUCUUUCUUUCGCUCUCCAGCUGCAAGCCCACAUCUGCUCACGGCGAGCUUCCCAAAGACCUGAAGACCUCGGACAGGGGUACUUCGCUCCCCGAGGAUCCCAUACCGUCCCGCUUGCAACCACAGGGCUUGGUCCAUGGACCACAGGCAAUGGUCCACAAACCAUACCCAGACGACUGGAAGGCUAGGCGUGCUAGGGCAGAUCAAGGGAUCUUUGACAAGUUGCCGCCCAAGAUGCUCAUCCCAACACCCAUCCAGGGUCUGAUGCACGUCAACCUCCCUUUAGCCGUCCGCUCAUCCCGUCUACAUAUGGAUACUGUCGUGAUAGUCUCGUGCCAUCGCGGAGAGCUCAGGCCAACCGCCAGCCGACUUUGUGUCCCUCGCAGAGUUCAACAAGUUCAGCUUGUACCCCUCACCUCGCCCAUUUUCUAUUUCAUUGCUCGCAAGAUUUGGCCGAUAGUUUGCCGUUCCCCAUCUUCUCUUCUCUGUGGUCUUGCUCAUCCUGCAGCUCAAGGUUUGAGCGGUUUCUCUCGGGGCAUCCUUUCCUUCAUCUUCUUCCGGUCACUUGUGCUUAUACCCAGCAAAAUGAUGAACAAACCAACAUCAAGUCACCAGAUCAAGUAUCUGGCCGUGGUUGCGUCCCUCGUUUUCAUCUGGCUCGUCUGGCGUCUCGAUCUUCACUCAGAGGUGGCCGAGCAUGCCCGCAAGAUCACACAUCCCAACAGCACGCCCUACGAUGGCCUCGCCAAAGCAGGCAACAGCGAGGUCCUCCCUUCCGCAAAGGCCGUCGAGUACUGUGACCACUUCCGCCUGAAGCCGGCCAACACGGAGCUGGUCCGCAAGCGCAAGGUGUACGACCUGCUCCUCAUCAACACCGAAGUCGAGAUGCUCGAGGUUCGCCUCGGCCAGAUGGCUCCCUACGUCGACUACUUUGUCAUUCUCGAGUCGGCCCUGACCUUCACCGACAACCAGAAGCCGCUGUACAUCAAGGAGAACUGGGACCUCUUCAAGCCGUGGCACCACAAGAUGAUUCUCCGCGAGAUGGACCUCGAGGCCCUUAAGGAGAGCAGCACCUGGGACCGCGAGGCCAAGAGCCGUAACGCCAUGUAUGAGCAGGUCAUCCCCACGCUCGAGGGCGAGCAGCAGGCUUCCAUUGACGAUAUUCUCAUCGUCUCCGACGUGGACGAGAUCCCCAAGCCAGAGGUCCUCCGCGCCCUGCGCAACUGCGAGAUCCCGCCCCGCGUCUCCAUCCACUCCAAGAUUUAUUACUACUCCUACCAGUGGCUCUCCCGCAACGACUGGAACCACCCCCAGGCCACCGUCUACCGCGGCGUCGACACCGUCCUCCCUCACGACCUCCGCCACAACGCAAAUGACCACCACUUCAACCAGGGCGGCUGGCACUGCAGCUACUGCUUCAGCACCGUCGAGGAGAUGGCCCAGAAGAUCAACUCCUUCUCCCACGCCGAGCUCAACAAGCCCGAGUUCAAGGACCCCGACUGGAUCGUUUCCGUGGCCCGCCGCGGUCACGACAUCUUCGGCCGAGGCGAGUCCAACUUUGACCGCAUCGAGGAGAACCACGACGUGCCAGACUACGUCAAGAAGAACUCGGACAAGUUCAAGUACCUGCUGGACCGCGAUCCGCUCAAUGCCAACUUUAGGGACUACACCCCCAAGGCCACCUCAACGCCCGCGGCUUAG